AUGACAUUAUCUGUCCUCCUAUCAACAACUCUCGCCCAACUUUCCAUUGUACAGGCGAUUCGGUCCGACACUCCGCGGCUCCCCCACCAGUGCCGCCAAACCUGCCGGUUGGUUGAUCUUCGGACCUUCCUCCGUGCCCAUUUUAGUUGGCUGCUCAGGAUAGGCCUUGAUUUGACGUUUCCCCCAUCCUUCCUCGUCCCUCGUGUUCUUGGGGCAACUAACCUAGUCAUGCACCGCUUAUUAUCCAUCACCACCAUCACCGCUCUCCGUUUCAAGCCCCUCCGAAAUGGCGCGCGUUUCCAGCCGCAUGUUCCUCUUCCUCUGUCAUUGAUUCCCAGACGGGGAGAUGCGGGACACCCCUUCCAAGCGCCUGUUGUUGGAUCUACUCUCACUGAUAACUCGGUACCUUUGAUUGUCAUCCCCCCAACUGGUGGAUACCGCAGUAUAUCUAUAGCUCCGACUCCCACGGCGGUGGUCGCUUUUGCCUAA